AUGCUGGCCGUUGUCAUCACGUCCCACCAAGAGAUUGUCGACGUCAACCUUGGGAAGCGCUCGUUUGUGGACGAGUUUUUUCUUGUCAUGCGGGACGUGAUCAAGAUUUACAUUCUGCGGCGCCCGGACCUCUUCAAGAAGCUCACCAACCGCAUGGAAAUCGAGUCCCACAUCGUCUGGACGACCAAGGACGUGGCCGUCGGAAUCAACAUCAGCGAGCGCCGCGCCGAACGGCUCAUCGCCAAACUCAAGCACUACGCGGCGUCCGUGGACGUCGACGAGCCCGAGCACGGCGUCAACCGGAUCGCCGCGGCCCUCGAUCGCUCCACCGUGCCUGCAAGCCAGAGCGUCGAUGCCAGGAUGCAAGAGAUGGACGCCAAGCUCGCCUUCUUAGUCGAGUGCAUGAAGCAGCAGCAGCAACGCCUUCUGUAG